CCCUCACUUUUGCCUUGUACGGCAGCUGUCCGUGAUAUUGCGGAUGGUGGUGGAGCCCGCGAAUGGGGGGGGUUUUUUUUUCUUCGAUUCCUGUCCUCCCUCCCUCGCACGGCAAGUGGGCCAUACACCUCUACUCCAUGUGCACGGUACUUAGUAGCUAUCCACUACUCACUCCACACCCUACCGCAAACGCUCUGCUUCGUUACCGGCCCAACUUGCAACUUGACAGCGUCCAUGCACAACAUGUUACACGUGAAAUCAAUCCCCACUCCAAGUCAGCUCCAGCUUGGUCACGAGCCCCAUACACUGAUCUUCUGUCGUCUCUGCUCAGUGAAAAAGAUGCCAUUCUUGUCCUACACAACGCCUUAUCCUGUACUAUAUACAAGCCCAAACGCCUACACAUCCUGGCUCAGACCUAGGCCCACCGAAGCAUGCAUUCUUGUUCCU